UGGCUGCGUAGGUAGCGUUUUGGCAAGGGGUGGGAGAUGCGAGUGGAAGGCUUCGGCGGCGAGGGUAGGUUGCGCCUUGGACUGAGUGUAGCUCUAGUGGUUGGUGCUGCGUGAGUGAAAGGAGAGACCCUGCGAAAGGGGUGGCGGCACCGGGAGAAGGAAACGACGACGAAGGCGACGCGGAGGCGGGGGAGGAGGGGAAGGUACGGCACGGAUCCCGUGCAGCGGCAGCAGGAGGAGCUGGAGCAGCAGGUUGCGUUCUGUGCCGUGUGGACUGAUGCGUGGUUUUUGUCAGGUUUUUUUUUUGCAGCCCGCUUACUCUUCCGAAUCUCUCCCCCCCCGCCUUUUAAUCCCCCCCCGGUUUGACUGCAUUUUCUCCCUUCACCGCUUCUUUCGGCUGUUUCCCUUCGGCCACUAAAUUCUAAUAAAAGAGAGGCGUGAUUGACAUAAAGAGGGGGCAAAAAAAAAUCCGGAGGAGGAGCGGUGGAAGCAGCAGGAGCAGGAGGAGGAGGCAAAAGGGAAGGAGAGAGAGGGCGAGAGGGCGAGCGAGCGAGCAGCAGGCGGAGAAAGGCGUGAAGUUGAACUGCAGCUGAGCUGAAAAGGAGCCGGAGAGACGCCGUUUACUUGGCCGCCUUUGCUGCUGCCGCCGCUACCUCAGUUUCGGCUUUGUCUCUGGUGAGGGAGAAGAGAGCGAGCCUCUGUCGCCUUCCUCUUCCUCCGGGCCGCUGGAAAUGUCUGAACACAAGGCGCUGGAUCCGAAGUUAUCGACGACGGAGAGGGUGGUGAAAGCUGUCCCAUUUCCUCCAAGCCAUCGGCUCACAGCAAAGGAAGUGUUUGACAAUGAUGGAAAGCCCCGUGUGGAUAUCCUAAAGGCACACCUUAUGAAGGAAGGAAGGCUGGAAGAGAGUGUUGCUUUGAGAAUAAUAACAGAGGGUGCUUCAAUUCUCCGCCAGGAAAAAAAUUUGCUGGAUAUAGAUGCCCCAGUCACUGUUUGUGGGGACAUCCAUGGACAAUUCUUUGACUUGAUGAAGCUCUUUGAAGUGGGAGGUUCUCCUGCCAACACACGGUACCUUUUUCUAGGGGACUAUGUUGACAGAGGGUACUUCAGUAUUGAAUGUGUGCUGUAUUUGUGGGCCUUGAAAAUUCUUUAUCCCAAAACACUGUUUUUACUGCGUGGGAAUCAUGAAUGUAGACAUUUAACAGAGUAUUUCACAUUUAAACAAGAAUGUAAAAUAAAGUAUUCAGAACGUGUGUAUGACGCCUGCAUGGAUGCCUUUGACUGCCUUCCCUUGGCUGCUCUGAUGAACCAACAAUUCCUGUGUGUGCAUGGUGGCCUGUCUCCAGAGAUCAACACUUUAGAUGACAUCAGAAAAUUAGAUCGAUUCAAGGAACCACCUGCGUACGGGCCUAUGUGUGACAUCCUGUGGUCAGAUCCUCUAGAGGACUUUGGAAAUGAAAAGACUCAGGAACAUUUCACUCACAACACAGUCAGGGGAUGUUCAUACUUCUACAGUUACCCUGCUGUAUGUGACUUCUUACAGCACAAUAACUUAUUAUCUAUACUUCGAGCCCAUGAAGCCCAAGAUGCCGGGUAUCGCAUGUACAGGAAAAGUCAGACAACAGGCUUCCCUUCAUUAAUUACAAUUUUUUCAGCACCAAACUAUCUAGAUGUAUACAAUAACAAAGCUGCAGUAUUGAAAUACGAGAACAAUGUUAUGAAUAUCAGACAGUUCAAUUGUUCUCCUCAUCCCUACUGGCUUCCAAAUUUCAUGGAUGUUUUUACCUGGUCUUUGCCGUUUGUUGGAGAGAAAGUGACAGAAAUGUUGGUCAAUGUGCUGAACAUUUGCUCAGAUGAUGAACUUGGAACAGAGGAAGAUGGCUUUGAUGAAGAUCCUAUUUAUGCACAGAAGAAAGGUGCCACAGCUGCAGCUCGGAAAGAAGUUAUAAGGAACAAGAUCCGGGCAAUAGGCAAAAUGGCUCGAGUAUUUUCCGUGCUGAGGGAAGAGAGUGAGAGUGUGCUGACGCUGAAAGGGUUAACCCCAACAGGAAUGUUGCCCAGCGGGGUGCUCGCUGGAGGAAAGCAAACUCUGCAAAGUGCUACUGUUGAGGCUAUUGAGGCUGAUGAAGCUAUCAAAGGAUUCUCACCACAGCAUAAGAUCACAAGCUUUGAAGAAGCCAAAGGCUUGGACCGGAUCAACGAGAGGAUGCCCCCACGCAGGGAUGCUAUGCCAUCAGAUGCCAACCUUAACUCCAUCAACAAGACAAUCUCCUCAGAGACUAAUGGCACUGACAGUAAUGGCAGUAAUAGCAGCAAUAUUCAGUGACCAUUUCAGACUUGUAAUUUUUUUUGUUUUUGAGCUGCAGGGCAUGAUGGGAUUGCUGCUCAUCAGCAGUUGGAUGUUCUUGCCUCUGAUGAUAGCUUACUUGCUCUGGGGGCCAGGUGUUGGAUUUAGUUUACAAUAUCAUCUAAGAAGAGAUAGUAAACUUUAUUUUGGUGGGUGGGGGGUGGAGGUUCAACACCUCCUAGGAUAUGCCUUUAAAAUGCUUGUAGAAAACUAAAUGAAAGCUAAUGCUGGUAUAUAUUGCAAAGUUAGGGGAAUGAACAUGUUUUCCUACUGCAUUGGAAACUUCUAGAUAAGUUAACUGAAAGGCCUUUUCUUAUGUUACUGGACAUGACAACUUUGUCUGAUUUCUUACUAACUAUUGUACGUUUACAGUUGCAGCACGAAACAUGGACAUCAAAAACAUUUUUAACAAAGUGAUGUACAAACUAAAUAAGGAGACUAUUUAUUGAUAAUGUUUUGCUACUCUUGUCAGACGAUGGCUAUCUAAAAAAAAAUUAGGCAAUCUUAAAAAAAAAAAAGAAUGUUGCAAAUUUGUUAAAAAUGCCAAAAAGGACAGUUUAAUUUUGUACAGAUUAUGCUUACCUCAGGUUUCUUUAGUGUGCUUGAAUGCCCUUCUUUAAAUAUAACAUUUAACUUAACUAAUUUGGCAGUGAGAAAUCUUUUUCUUUUAAGUUUUUAAGGAAAAAAACUGGAAUAAUACUCUUUUUUUCUUUUCUUUUUGCUGUUUAUAUUUAGGAAUUUUUUUUGGUAAAUCAAGUCUUGGUUGUGGCUUGCUGAAUUUAAAUAUUUAUGAGUGGUGCAUUUUUAAGUAUAGUGAACAAGACACCAUAUUAAGUGCAGUGAAAGCAUCUAUAUUCUGUAAAAAUCUGCCUAUGCAUGUUUUUUAAGGAAAAAAAUGGCUGUAUAGGCCUGUAUGGGACUGUAAUGCGCUUAGUGGUCUGACUUAUACUGGAAAUGUAUGUAUACUGGCGUACUUUAUAUUCUCUAAAAAGAAAAUGCUAAUGCCUUUGAAAUUUUGUAAUCAAAAAAAAGCUUUGAAAAAUCUAAGGGGGAGAGUAUUCUUAAAAGUUUUUAAUAUAAGCUUGUCAGUGCACAUAUAGAUGGUUAGCAUGUUUAGCAAACCUUGUGAAAUUUAAACUAAGUUUGUAGUUACAUGUGAAACUAAAUGCAUGAUAACUGUUAAUGUCAUGAUGGUUUAGUCAUUUUGUUACGUUCUGUCAUGUGCCACAAACCGUGUAAUUUUUUCACUUUUUUCCCUUUGUAUAUCAGUUACGGGUUACAACUGGUUCAUUCUUUGAGGAGGAGGAAAAACCAACAAAGCAGUCCACUGAUAUUUUUUAACAAUUGUAUAAGUGCCCAAGUAAUUCACUACAGCCUACAGCCUUGCCUUUGUAAUUUGACUUAUGAAAUGUUGGCAAUCAAAGCAUGCACUUGUAACAAUGAAAAAAAAAGCAUUUUAUAUUACUACUCAAUAAAAAUGUGCAUGAACCUAAGACUCCUCUCACUAAAUCUCCGAAGGAUGCUAGGACGCAGUUAACCCUCACCAGGCGGGGGGCAGCGGGAGAAUCUCACCAGCUCGUUUGUCUAUUGCAUAUCCUAGAUAGCAAUCCCUGCACUAAGGUAUGCAUGUGAAAGUAAGGCUUUGGGAAUAGAAGCUGACUUAUGCCAUGUCAGGCUAUUGGUCCAUCUAGCUAAGUACUGUUUGCACUGACUGACAACAGGUUUCCAGGGUUUCAGACAAUAGUCUUUCCCAGCCUAUAUGAAACUGCUGAGGAUUGGACCUGGGACCUUCUGAAUGCGACACGUGUUCUUCCACUGAGCCACGACCCUUCCGCUCAACUUUUGCACAUUUAGAAGCCCUACUUACAAGAUAAUAGAGAACUUCUUUUAAAAGAAAAAGAAAUUGAUUACCAAGUUCCAUAUUUUCAUUGCAGCAAAAGAAAAUGGCUUUUAUUUUGGAGGUCUCACUCCAGACAUUGUUUCUUCCACAGCAAUAAGCUGCUUGCCCUUUGCAGGUCUGAUCAGCUGUUGUCAGAAGGUGGAAUAUCUGGAUCAUUUCUCUCAAACAUGUCCAAGCUGCAUGGGCACCCAGGUGCUGGAUGCAGGGUCGCUUUCGCCCAUUCCUGUGACAUCCAUCUAAAUCAGCCAUUUUUACACAGGAUAUGGGAAAUCCAUGCAUAAGUCCCCUUUGGUUGACUGUGGCAGCAGUUUGAUUUUGUUACAAUGUGCACGGCCCAUUUGUACUGCUACUUCUGCAAAUUAUGUGACUUUUGUAUUUACUUCAUUAUUUGUUUAUUCCGUUUAUAUCUUGCCUUUCCUCUUAAGGAUCUCAAGGGAGUGUACAUGGGUUUCUUCCUCCACAUUAUCCUCACAACAAACUUAAGAGGUAGGCUAGGCUGAAAGACAGUGACUAGUGCAAGGUCACCCAUUGAGCUUCCUAGCUGAGUGGGGAUUUGAUAGGGUCCCCAUAUUACCUAGUUUGCUGGGUUUUACCCAAAUUCUAGCCAUGCCACCCAGAUAACAUUUAGACCAUUGACUGACCUGAAUUCCCAGAUUUUUUUUUUUAAGCAAGUUUUUAGCAGUUACAGAAGCCAAGAUAUGAGGCAAAAUAUAGAAGCACUUAUGGGUGAAGGACAAAAAAAGGAUUUGGGGGUGGUGGAAGAAGAUGAGACAAAGAUGAAAGCACAUUAAUUUUACUUAUUUAUUACACUAAUAUCCUAGCUUUCCUCCAAGGAUUUCUAGGUAGCUUACCUUGUUCUUCCUUCUGUACUCUAUCCUCAUAACAACCCUGUGAGGUAGGUUAGGCUGAGAAAAGGCCUCCUAGUGAGCUUCAUGGCUGGGUGAGGAUUUGAACCCAGUCCCAGCUCAACACUAACCACUACACCACACUGGCUAUGUUAUCCUGUAAAAAGUAAAUGUACUGCCGACUUACAGCGACCCUAUGACUAGGGUUCAUGAGGCUGAGAGGCAGUGACUGGCCCAAGAUCACCCAUUGAUCUUCAUGGCUAUAUGGGGAUUCAAACCCUGGUCUCCCAGGUCAUAGUCCAACACCUUAACCACUACACCACACUGGCUCUCCGUGUUAUCCAGUAUAAUAUCCUAUAUUCUUAACUUCUAUUUACAUACAAGUAUGGAUGCAUGAGGGGGCGGAAAGAAUAUUGUGGAACGCAGUAUGUAUAUUUGUAUGCAGAAGUCCUAGCUUUAAUCUCUGACUUGCCUGCUUAAAACAGUCUUGCACAGUAUCACAGUUAGGAAGAACUAUCUUUGCCUGAAAUUCUGGAGAGCUGUUACAAGUUGUACAAGACAAGGGAUGGACAACAUGGUGCCCAUGGGCACAAUGGUACCCUUGAGAUGUUCCCCUGGUGCCCAAGAAGCCCCUGAGCCACACACACUCUGCCCCCUUAGUAAUUAUGGUGGUUAAUUUUUUCCCCUCUUAAAAAAUAUAGAGCUGAGUGAUGCUCUUUCCCACUUCUACUUUUAACUCUAUCCUUUUUCAAGGCUCAGAUCAACUCAACUUGAACUGACUUUUACUCAGAUCCCUUGGAAAAGCAAAGUAUGUCUGCAUCUGCUUUUUAUGUCUCUGUCUCUUGGUUGAGGGCUAAUCUGGGGGAUCAGUGAGAAGGGGUCAAAGGCACCCAAGGCAUUCAUUCAAAAAUUCAAAUAUGCUCACAGGCCUAAAAUUAUUGUGAUUCCUAGACUAUACAGUACUAGGGUAGAAGGACCAGUAGUCUGACUCAGUGUAAGCAGAUUCAGUUGUUCAUAAUAGAACACUACUUUCUUAAGUCAUCAGACUCUAGAAUUACAAAUGACCAAGAAGUUCUGUUCUAUCACCUUUUACCAUGAUAAUAGAUUUUUAUCCCACUGAAGGUGUUAUCUUUCUAAUGUCAGUAUGCUUGUAUUAUCAUCAACACUGCUUUUGAAUAGUGACUGUAAUGAUUUUACACACAUUUAAGCUUUAAUGCAAGUGUCACAGUUCUCUACUUUUUGCAUUUAAUUCCCCUCCACCCUCUUUUCCCCUUUUACAACCAUGUGUGACUGCCAAAUAAGGAUAACAUAUUCAUGCAUCUGGUGAAAUGGACUCUAGUUCACAACAAUUCAUGCCAUAAUAAAUUUCUUAGUCUUUAA